AUGAUCCAACUGGUGAUCAUGUUGAAACGGAUGUCUCUGCAGAUGGGGCCUGGCAAAAAAGGGGCUGAACGCAUGUCUAAGAACUUCAUAGAUGAAGUGUAUGAGGGGAAAACAUACGAAACAGCGGUUGGCGUCUCUGACAUCGAAAUUGAGCAUAUUGAAGACAUCCCACCCUGCCCUGCUGAAUGCAGUGAAACGCCCCAUGCGUACGGGCAAGAUGAUGUCAUCGUCUUCGACCUUGAGACUACAGGAUUAGGGACAACUAGCAGCAUUGUACAGAUAGCAGCUUUGCACGUGUCCUCGGGACAACACCUGAAUUUAUUCGUAAAACCCAAAUGUGGAUACAUUCCCACUACUGCCUCCAAUAUAACAGGUCUCGAGUUCCAUGGUGGGGUAUUAUACCAGCACUGUAAAGAAGUGACGAGCGUGGCAGCCAGCGAAGCACUUCUUGCCUUCAAACGCUGGCUUGAGGCAUUUGGAAGUCAUAUUUUGCUUGUGGCACACAAUGUCAUGUUUGACGCAAGACUGUUAGUAGCAAAAUAUCAAGAAGAAGGAAUAACUGUCCCAGAAACUAUAGGCUUCGCAGACAGUCUGCGUUUAUUUAGAACAGUUUACCCUGGCAGACAGAAUUACCGCCUGGCAAGUUUAGUUCACGAUAUUGCAGGUGUAGACUUCGGAGCUCAUGAUGCCUCUGAAGACGUGUACGCGCUUUCUUUAAUUCUCCAGUUGCAAACAAACCUAGAUAAACUGUCGAAUUAUGCUACUACUGUGUCAUCCGUGAAAUUCAAACUUCAGGAAUUAAACAACGAAAAACUAUACAAGGGAUCAUAUACAACUUUUGUUGAGUCAAAAAUAAUGUCAAAAGCACAGGCCACGCGCCUAUCUAGGAGUGGAAUUUCAAUAGAACACUUGAAAAAAGUAUAUUCAAGAUCGGGCCUAGAUGGUAUGCAGGAUGUAUUGAAAGAUCGGGGUGCAGGGAAAUUUUACACAAAAUUGGCAUCAGCGCUUGAUGCAGUUUUUAGCGAGAAUAAAAUUAAUUUAAAUUAG